GCGAGACUAUUCCACGACUUCAGCGAUACUCGGAAUUCCUCGACUUGCUUCUUUGCGUUUGACAGCGUCCCCAAGCUACACACGUACCAGCAGCCCACAGAAGCCCCGCUUGAAGCUUGCCUAUAGCUUGUCCAACGAGUCCAGAUCUCAUCCAUCACAUUCUCGCUAUUUCAAUACCAUAUACGACACUCAACUGCCAAAAUCAUACCAUCUGAGACACCCACAUACACCACACCUGCCCAUAAACUCCAAGGCUCCGCGACCCCUCAAUCGAACCCCGCGCAAGCUCGCCGUCAGCCCGUCCCGCAACCGCCAUACUACACAAGACCGCCAACAUGACGAAACCAAAUGACACCAUCGCCAUCAUCGUCAUCGUUCUUUUCGUUGUCCUCGCCCUCGUCGCCUUUGGCAUCUACCGCCUUGUCCACCAAGCCCGCCGCAGCAUGAGCGUCACAAGCGGCUCCAGCGGGAGCAGCAGUGAGCUAGCAGACUAAACGAUGCGAGGACGAGGGAUAACCAAAAAAACGUGAUGAAAAAUGAAAAAGCGAUCGGCUCACAUGAGAUGCGACCAAGCAAGGCAGGGCGAUAUCGAUACCCCUUUGAAAAGACGGAUAGCCUGCGACAGCGGCGAUAAUGAAGAGGAUGGAAUUUGCAUGAAGCACACGGUAUGAUCUGAAUUUAGGGCAAUUUGGGGCUUUGACAUGACUUGUAUGAUAUUUUUUCGCAUGGUAUUCAGGAGGCUCUCUGGGGUGAUCUACCCCUCCAUCUACGUGGAGAUGUUGAAUGUAUAUAGCAACGAGUAUGGGGCUCAUGGCGCAUCGGGCGAUGACAGGAUGGAAUAGACACGACAAAGUGAUGAGCAAC